AUGGAGUCCUUGGAGGCGGCGUCCUCGCCCUGGGCCCGUCUGCAGGGCGGAGGAACGUUUCCGGACCCCGUCUGCUGGGCUGAUCGGUAUCGCCACCGCUUUCUCUCUCCCUUCCACGCACCAGAUGCGCCUCUGAUUUCAAAGGGUAUGCGCAGGCGCUUGCUGCAGUGUAACACCGUGGAUCUUGUCGAUGCAACGCUUGACGCUCUUGCCUUUCAAACGUCCCUGGCGUCUUCCCUGCUCCCUCUUUCCGCACAAAACGGAGAGGCGCCAGCAGCCGCUGUCUCGGCUUCCGAGAACGCUCUGCUGACGCGUACCGCAGUGGCGACCAGCUGCGCUCCCUCCCUUCCACAAGACGGUCCGCAGGCGUUUCAGGCUUCUCCUCGAAACGGCGCUGCGUGGUCAGCAGAUGAGGAGCAGCCAGAGUGUUUUGACGGCGCAGAACUCAGGAAGGCUGUGUCGCCCUGUGAAGGGCGAGCAGCCCCGCAGUUUUCAGCGUCACGCGGUCUGACCCACAGACUUUUUUCCGGGACGUCGCCGGGCGCUCGAAACUCAGAAACUCUUCCCAGCGCAGAGGGUGGCAGGUGUCCGGGAAAGGCGAGAGGUCCGAGGCUUCCAGCCUCGCUUCGUGUUCCUCAACAGGAACAGGGGACGGGGACGCAAGAGUGCCCCGAUGGGCUCGCUGCAACGCAAGCUCCUGCCUUCCAGGCUCUGCAUCUUUCGCCUUCGGCGGCCUUGGAGAGACAGGCGGACAGCGGGGAUCUCCGCGCCGACUCAGCUUCCACGGACGCGAGACGAAUCAGCAGUGAAAGAGCUACGCCUCGCCAGACGUCCCGAGGCGUGGCAGCGGGCUCUGGAGCAGCAGAGAUCAAAGGGAAUUCCCUCGAGACCCCUGACAAAGAUCUCUGCAGUGACAGGAGCUCGGCGCGGGAUGCGAGGAGACGCCUGUCUGCGCGCCCCACCUAUGGCCGAUAUAGUUCGAGGCACGUGGACAGGAUGAACGACGCUCGGGUCACCGCGUUCCUCGCUUCACCUGCGUGUACGCAUCCGAUCUUUGAACGCAUGGAGCUGCACAUUCGAGCUGGAUGCUCUCUCGCUCAGGGCAACGAGAGGCCAUCUGCGACUCGUCGGGGAGGCCUCGGGAAUCCUAUACGGGAAGGCGACCUCGGGCCUGGCCACCGCUUGACCUUCGAAAGCCCAACGCGGGAUGCGACUCCAGGUGUACAUACACUGUGCAGGUGCACUGGCGGUUUCGAGAACCUCUGUUCGCACGGUUCGCGAAACGCUCGCUGCCUUUCUCGCCUUGCUGACGAUGUCGCCACAGAUACACUCAAAGAGGUGAAGCAGGAACGAGGAAACGAACCUCAACACGGUGACGAAGUAACGCCCCGUGGCUUACUGAGGAAGAUCCGAAGGAAUAGCGACGCACAUUGCCCGUCAGACUUCGGAGGGGAGAAUCCCGAGACACCAGGUGCGACCUCGAGGACGCGAGAGAGCGAUGAGCGCCACGAGGAGGCUGAGCAGUCCCGCGAGGCAACGGUUUGGGGCGCUUCAGCCCGGAAACGCGCGAGCGCAUCUGAGAGGCUCCCAUACACAGAUAGUACGCCCUCGGAGGCCUGCAACGCGCAUCAAGUUUCGAGUGUCGACGCGGCCUGGCUGCAGUGUCGAGAGUCCAGAAAAGCGGCAGACGCCGCGUUCUCGCGAGACCCUGAGGAAUCUGAGGCGCCCGUUCGGGAACACACACACAUCUCCCCCCCGCCGUCCUUCACUUUUCCUUUGCGUGUUCCGCCGCCGCAUCAGAGCUUUUCAGGGUUGUCGUCUUUUGUAGAAGUGCGGCGUUUGAAAACGCGUUCUGACCCGAGAGGCAGCCGUGGGGCAGUUCAAAAGCCCAAGUGUCUGUACACCGCGUCAUUGCCCUUGCUACGCACGGCCGCUCCGCCACCCAUUGAUGCACAGCUUCCGAGUCUGGACGCUUUCCGCGCAGAUCUCCACAAGCUCCUAGGCCGCCCGCCUUCGCAGAGGCAACUCGCUUCCUCAGUCGGUUCGUUCGCAAGCGAGAAAUGCCGAGGAGACUCAGGGGACGAUAACAGUCACUUUGAGGGCCGCGGACGAGCCAAGAAGACCUUGCCUUUGUCAGACGCGUGCUCGCAAAGCCCGCGGGGACAUGAGGCCGAGAGAGUCUCUCCUUCAGCUGUCUCUUCGGGAAAUCGGUUCUCUCAGAGCCCCAAGGCGCAGCAGGGUUCUCGCAGGUGGCCCGGGACUUCCACGCAAAAAGCUGCCGGGGAGCUUCGAAGCGCCGCGAAAACUCGCCAUGUUCCCGCACCAGCACGUCGCCGGAUGAGUCCACACCCGACAGAAGAGCAGGUUUUCCAGGCAUCGCCGCGCGCGCGGCGAGCCGUCGCCUCUCUCGGAGGCGAAACGCACCCUUCCGAGGGCGAAGGGCUGGCCGAUGCGCGCGGAGGCACGUGCGAGCGGUGCCAGAAGAAACGCGCCGAGCUGAACGACGUGUAUCACGUGGUGAUCAUAGGGGGGGGAAUUGCGGGGAUGACGGCGGCGAGUCUCCUGCGUCUGUUUAAAUGCCGGGUACUCCUCGUCGAGGCUUCAGGCCGCCUUGGCGGCCGCAUUCACACACAUCUCCUGCCUGCGGUCCGAGCAGACUCGCUCGCUUCUGCGGGCGGCGCGUCAGACGCUCGUUCUCGACAUCUGCCAGAGAGGACAGGCCAGACUUCCACGCGCGUCGAGGCCGCGGUCUCCUCGCCUCUGCAUGCUUCCCCGCCGGGCUGCGGAGGGGCUGAAAGCCAGACGCAGGAGGAGCCGAAACGCGGAAGCGCGCAAGACCCUCGGAGACGAUGUGGGGAGACAGGACGCGCAGAGACUUCCCAGGGGCGAGAGAGACACCUUCGCAUCGCCUGCGGCGGGGCCAAGAGGAGAGGCCGAAGCGCAGAAGGGCGAGACGAAAACACAGGAGGCGAGGGCACGCGGCGGCGGAAACGCUUCAAAUACUGGGUGCUGGUCGAAGAAGAUUCGGAAGAGGACGGCGACGGAGGCGCUCUCGACAAACCCCGUCUUUGCCACCAAAGUGAGGAGCCUGCCGAGCUAGCGACUCGCCAGAAGAGACGGCGGAAGGCCCCCACGGACUUCCAGGAUUUCCUGGUCUACGGCCCCAACGGGACUGCGCUUCCUCCGCGGGCCGCUCAGUCGGAGCUUCUUGCCUCGCCUUUGGGAGGCGACACAUCGGAAGCAGAAAUGGCGACGCAGGCUUCCCGAGACGUGUCCGGCUCGGGUGCGAGCCUCCACGAGGCCUCUCAGGCCCAGACCGGAGACGGCGCCGGCGGCCGAGGGACGCGGAAAAGAGACACGAAGGGGACGGUUGCUGUGAGGUCGGCGUCGCCUGGUCGCAGGCGCGGCCUCGCAGAUUCCGUCGACGCCUGGAGACAGCGCCGCCCUUCGGGAUCGGGGAGAAACGAUAAGGCGAAACCGCCGCCGGGCGGACCUGGAGACGGCCAGGCUGUCCAUACACUGGAAACGUCGACGCGCGCCUCGUCGACUAUCUGCGCGCCGUCGCUCGCUGCCUCGCCCUCGUGUCGGAAUGCAGCUCUCAGCCUGCGCGGCUGUCCUUCUGGUUCAUUGUCUUGUCCCCGAGGACCUCGUCUGGAACCCUCCGAGACCGUUGAGGCAACCGACGGGGGCCGCCUGUCUCUGUCGGACACCGGGGAAUCCCCCGAUGGAGCCCAGGCGAAUGUUGGCGUCGCGCGUCAGUGCGAAGAGAUCCGUGCUCUCUCUCCGCUCUCUGGGCCCUCUGCUUCGAGGUCGGGAGACACUUGCGGCGACGCCUCGCCUUCACGUUCGCCGCUUCUCCCUCAGAUCCCUGUGGACCUCGGGGCCAACUGGCUCUUGUUCGACAUGGACGCGCCGCAGUAUGUGUGGCAUUUGGCGGCGCGCCUGGGCGUCCCGUCGUGUGCGCUGUGGGGUCCGGGAGGAAGCGCAGGAGACAAGGCUGGGCCCGGAGGGACCAGCGGAGCUGUGUGGGAGCCGCCGGUCUUUGGGACGCGGUGGAUCGAUGCAUGCGGCCGCCCCGUCCCCGCCGGCAGGACCGCCCUCCUCUCUGACGUCAAGGACGCAGUGAUUGAGCGCGCGCGAGCUGGCGUCGCAGCGCAGAGACACGGGGCGCGCCUCUUGCGGGGCCGAGGCGCGGCAGGGCCGAGCGCGGGGCGAGAGACACCUGAGCCCAAACUGGCAGGAGACGCAGCGGAUUUUGUGGAGGGCGCACAAGGCGCGGAGAAUCGGCUGGUGGGAGGCUGCGGAUUUGGAGAUUCAGUGCAAGGUGCGCAGGCUGGCGGGAAGCGCAAGAGGCGCGCGAAGGGUGCGGGGCACACCGAGACGCUGAAAAAGGGAAUUUGCUCUGCAGACGAGCCGCCUCGGGGCGGCCAAAAAGAAGGCACGGCGGGGCGCGAGGCAGACAGGAGUGACGUCAGGGGAGAUCCCAGCGGGGCCCAGAAAGGGACCGAGGAAAGAAGCGACAGACGGCUCUUCAGUGUCUCCACGCAGGGCGUAGCCCUCUCGUCGACACUACCGGGACUGUCUGUUCUGGCGUCUCGUGGCGUUGGAAAAAGUGGAAACUUGGACUCGCCGCAAAACGACCAAAGCGGCGACACUCCUCGAUCGCCCGUGGAAAAGCCCUCGUCCACUUCUUCCUCCGAGUCUUCUUCUGUUUCGUCUCCUCCGGUUCUUCCGUUCGCUCCUCUUCCAAUCCUUCCCGCGUUUCUCCCUCCGCCCGAGCAGGAGCUCUGGCGUCAGUUUGAGGCGGAGACCUUGGCCGCCAGGACGGCGAGUGAAACGGCCGUCGGAGUACCAGCAGUGGCAGCAGACGAGGCGCAGAACCGCCUUCUUCCGGCGGGUCUCGAGUCGUCGAUGAACGCGAUCUUCUGCCCCUUCCUCCAUCAUCUCGCCCUGCGUCGCCUCCCGCUGUCUCUCCACGGGCGCCCCGCCACCCUGCAGCUCUCGACCGCGCUCGGCUCCGGGGCUGGCCAGGCUGCCGGAACGGCUCUGUCUCCGAACCUGGAGGGCCUCUCUUCCGCGUCUGGGCUCGGGGCCACGUCCGGGAACGCGGCCGCGCCUGGAGAGGUCGAAGGCGACGGAGUUACACUGGCAGAAACCGCGGGCAGCCCUGCGGCGAGGACGGCGCCGCGUCCGCGCUGCUCACCGUGCAGCGGGACUGCCUUCGACUUACCCAUUUCCCCAGCUGAAGCUUCCGUGCGGAGCGAACCAAACGAAGGCCGCACCGGGACCCUCCUUUCGGGCGGAUCUCAACAGACAGAAGAAGCCAGCGCAUGCAGGGGCGGGGCGUGGAGGGAACGGAACUGCGGCGAGGAUGAAGAGGUCAAACCGCUCGAGGAGGGGACGUGUGAGGAAAGCACGGGUUUCAAUGGCGCCGCAAAAAAACUCGUCCAACUCCUGUCUUCGCCCAUCCCUCCGUUUCCAGCCACUCCGUCGCCUAAGGCCGGUGACCGGCCUGCGCCGGCGACCCCGUUUGUUUCCUCGCUCGCCUCACCAGGCGUUUCCUGUCCCUUGCAGGCAGGCGCGGCGCUACGAGAAGGCUUUCGAUCUCCGUCCAGCUCUGCCUCCUCGACUCGCUCCUCUUCGCACAUCGGAAAAAAACAACCUGGGGAACUCCAGGGAGCGCACCACCCACAGCCGCCCGCUCCUCGGACGGCCCCAGCUUCUUCCUGCCUCGCGAAGCAGGUAUCAGGGCGGGGUUCCACGACGCUGGAGGCGGGAGCGGCCGAGGUCGAACGCGCGGAGUUGCUCGAGACUCCGUUGACGAGAAGGCGCGCAUCUCCGAGGGCUGGGCCCGCGGCUUCCGGCCGUGUUGGUCGAUUCAGCACAGCGGCCUCAGCCAGCUCGCCGACAGUCCCCCAGGCCGCCCCGCCUGCGCAUCUCCGGCUGCUCGCCGAGACGUUGAAGAGCCUUACCGCCGCUCUGAAGCCGGCUCUGCCUCGGGGACACUCUCUCCUCUCCGAACAGACGGGUGGCACCCGCUGUCCUGGCGUCCUGCCGCGUCCUUGCCUCCUCUCGUCCCUUACGCCUUCCCCUCUUCCGCGCCUCUCGUUGCUUCCGGCUCUUCUCGCGGCUCCGCCAAGUCUCUUCGUUUCCCGCCUGCCGACCGAAGGGGUUCACGGCGACGGCCCCGGGGAGGAGGAGGGCGAGCGCGUGGAUCGCGCCGAGCAGGCGGGGGCGCGUUGGCGGGUAUCGGUCGCAAAACCUGGGCCUCCCUCGAGAAAGCCCGUUGCGAGCGCUUGCGGAGUCCGGGACUGCCAGAUCGACUGCACCAACCUGAAGACGGCUCUCUUGAGCGCGUGGGUGUGCGUGCGAGACCAUCGCGACUUGCCGGGGGGACUGGUCACCUUUCUCCAGGGAGGCGGAGACACUGCGCGUGUGUGGAGCCGAAGAGUCGGAGACAAGAAGGCCCUUGCAGCCCGGGCGUUGAGGGACGCGAGGCACGACCGCCAACUGGACAGGGAGCAGGCCGGACGGCAGGGAGAAGUUGCACGCGGGACGAGAGGAGGGGAGACGUCUUCCCGUUUGUCGCGUCUUUCCUCUCGGGGUCCGCCUGCUUUCCCAAGGAAACACCCGUUUCUCGCUCGCGCGGAGGCUUCUUCGCAGAGAAACCCGGGCUGCGGAGCAUCCGCCGGUGGAAAGGCCGAACAGAAACCCGAGAAAGCAAGCGCGGCGAGGGUGGGACAGGACAGGCUCUACUGGAGGAAAACAGACGAAGAAGUGAUUCUGAAGAUGCUGCAGAGAUCCUUCGGCUACGUUUGCGACUUGAGCGAGGUGGAUGCUUGCGAACUUCUUGGAGACAGCGAAGAGGAGGACGAACCCGAAGAAAACGGACCAGAAGAGGGCGGCAAAGAAGAGGAUCGAAGAGAAGACGGAAGAGAAGAGGAUGAAGAGGAAGGCGACGGAGAAGCGGGAGAGACGCGCCGUAGUUCUGCGGCGGGGAAAGGUUUGCCGCGCGUUGAAGAAGGCAGCGACGCCGCUUCAAAGGACGAAAGCUAUCGCCAACUGGGUGUGCGGGAGCACGUCCUCCUCGCACGCCGGAAGUUUGAGGGCGUUCCGACGCCGCAUCUCUUCGAGCCUGAGGCGGCGGAUGGAGACCGCCUCUUCACAGACGGCUAUGCAUGGCUCUCGACGCUCCUCGCGCGCACCUUCGGCCUGUCGGAAUGCGCCCUUCUGGGAUGGCAGGCGCGGCGCGUGAAGCUGCUCCCGGCGGUCGACGAGUUCCCGACGGAGGCCGUCUUUCCUUCUUUUCUGCCUUUCGUCCCUUCGUCGCCGCCUCUGGGUUCGCGCUCGCCAGCCGCUGCGGCACGACGAGCGAUCGCUUCCCCUGGCGCCGAGAGAGACGGAGGAGACAAAACCCACGAAGAACAGGAGGAAAAGAAGGAGAGAGAGGAAGAAGGCAGAGAGACUGAGAUCGCAGAUGCUAGCCAUGCCGCCUAUGUUGACGCAUGCACAAAAGAUCCAUCGUUCUGGCCAUGGGUUGGGCUCUACAACGGCGUGCGAAUCAGCCUGCAAAAAUACGAGGCUUCCGCCAGCAGCGCGUUCCUCGCUCCGGCUUGCUCGUGCUCUGCGUUUUGCGCUUCUUGCUCUUGUGUGUGUGGAGGAAAAGGGAGAGAGAAAUGGCCGGUGGGAGGCGCCCGCAGUCGCAGCGAGGCGGCAGAGAAAGAGGGACGAACGGGAGAGACGCUUGGCGGCGAGACGGAUGCGUCGGUGGAGGCCGCCGAUGCGGGCGAGAAGGAAGACAAAGCCGGUGUGGAGAGAACUGAGGGCGUCGGAGAGGCCGCGCCGAGAGCGGAGGCGUUCGUGAAAGUGGAGACUGGGGGAGACUGCGAGCCUGCGCGAGCUCCUGAGGGAAGCCGUAAAGUGACGCGGAACGGCCCGGAGCCGAGGCAUCCGAAGAGAGAGGAAGACGAGCAAGACACGACGGGGAGGAGUCUCGGAAGGGAAGGCCAAGAGAGCGCUGUGAAUGUUGCGUCGAGGAGGUGGGAGAAACCCGAGAGGAAAUCUGUAGACACUCCCUGCAAGUACCCAAGACCGGCAGAGGGCGACCGCUGCAGGUGUCUGGACAGCCGCGAGGUCUACGCCAUGAAGUGUAUCGUCAGCGUCCCCAUCGGCGUUCUCAAGAAGAAAGUGAUUUCGUUCGAACCGGAGCUCUCUGCCGAGAAAAGCCGGGCCAUCCAGCGAUGGGGCGCAGGAUCUCAUAAUAAAGUUAUUCUCCGCUUUCAGGAAGUCUUCUGGCCGCCGUCUGUUCCCUUCCUCAAUCCCUCCUUCUCGCCGCUCUUCCAGUUCAUGAACUUGCAUGCGUUCGGGAAGUCGCACUGCCUGGUGGCGCACAGCUUCGGGAACUACGGCUGGCGGUUGGUGAGGCGUGCACGAGAGCGAAGGCGGCUGCGCGCUGCCAAGCAGGCGGAGAGAAAGAAAAACGAAAAGUCGGAGCCGGCUGAUGCAACGGAGGGCGGCCUGUCGCCUCUCUCCUGUGGAGGAGCCGCCAAGCCCUCGCGUCUCCAGACCGAGCUCGAGUGUCCUCUCGCCGAAGAGUCUCAGUCGCUACGGACAGCCGCUGAAUCCAAACGCGAAACCAGAGCGGCCUCGGCCGCCGCUUCCGCUUUUUCCUUCUCUUCCCGUCCGCCUUUGAGGUCUCCGAAGCUUCGACGUUCGCGCGGCUUCGCUGCGGGCGGGGGCCCUGGAGCGACUUCAGGUGUACGUACAGCUGAGAGGCAGGCAGCGAGUCCGCCGCGGAGGUCUAGCCGUUUGGCGCGGGGCGAUGAGGAAACUCCGCGCGAACGGAAAGCGGACGGCGGUAAGGGAUCUUUGAGGAGCGCGGACACGGAGGGAAACGGGAGGGAGCUGGGCAGCGAGACAGAGGAAGAGGCGGAGACCGCGCACUGCCACUGGGAUGUGUGGACAGAAUCGCAGACAGCGAGGCUUCCGGAAAGUCAGGCUCAAACAGGGGACAACAAAGAGGCAGACGCCAGGGUGUCGGACGAUGAGGUUGUCGACGAGUGCUGUCUCGUCCUGAAACAAAUGUUUUGCCUGAAGAAAAAGCCUCGGCCGAUUCAGGCGAUUGUCACGCGCUGGGAUGAAGAUCCUCUCUACUCCUGCUCCUACGGUUUCCGCUCGAAAGAAUCUCACGAAAACGACUCUUCGCUCCUUGCGCAACCUCACCCCUGGCCGCCCUCGUUUCCGGUCCCUGUCAGCCUGUGCGAGAACGGCCUGUGCCAGGACGGCGCGUCCUCACCCACUCUCUCACCCCGACCUUCUGAAACGUCGGCGCCGUCCUCUGCGCCGUCCUUGCACACGUCGUCCUCCUCCAUCUUUUCCUCCAGUUCUUCCGCUUCUUUGGGAGCUUCGGUUUCCGAAGCGGCUCGGUUUUCUCCGUCUCUGUCCGACAGCGUGGUCUUCUUUUGCGGCGAGCACACCAGCGAAAUCGGGCCGCAGUGCGUCCACGGCGCAAUGCACUCUGGCGCUAGAGCUGCUGCGGAGUGUCUCGCCUCUCUCCUCUCCUGCGACAACGUGCCAUGGUUAACAGACUGGGGAACCGCCCCCCCACUAUCUGGCUCUUCACCUAUGUCUUCCUCUUCAUCCAUGUCUUCCUCUUCAUCUAGGUCUUCCUCUUCAUCCAUGUCUUCCUCUUCAUCUAUGUCUUCCUCUGGUGCGUUUCCUGCUCGCUUGCCUCUGUGUUCUUCGGGUCCAGUCGGCAGGGUGGAGGGCCAGGGCGCGGCGACUCGUGGGAGAACCGACAGAGCCUCCGUUCGAGAAUCCGGCGCGGCGAAGGACAGCGGCGCUCCAGGAGAGAGAGAGGCAUCGCGAGAUCCAGAGGAACCAGCAAGAGGCGAGAAGCGUGGAGAAGGGGGAGAGGAGGCGAGAACGCGAGGCUCUUCACGAGGACGAGCGGCCAGGGUCGCAGGGACACGCGGGUCUGGAGAGGAGGAUUGCCUGCCUUGGCCCGCAGGUGUGGACGAUUGGAAAACCUGGUGGUUCGCCUCAGACCGAGCCUUCGUCUUCGGAAAAGACGGAGGCGUCGCCGGCUACAGCGCCCCUAGAGACGUGUUUCUUCGGAAAGGUCUCAGUCGACGCGAGCGCAUGCAGAUGCUGGAGAAAAAGGUGCGGGAGUUUCGGGAACGGUCAACUCGCGAGGCGCCGCCCGUGCAGGCAGAGCUUGGGAAAGAGGAUCGGCAGAUACAGGCGAAGAAGACAGAGCGUGGAGCUUCAAGUCUUUGA